UGUACUUUUGGCAGAAUUUCAAAAUAUCCCUAUUUUUGUAAUCUUUCUGUCCUUAGGACUUUGUCUACCAGUGACGAUGUUGAGGACAGAGAGACUGAGAAAGGCCGCCUGGAAGAAGCUUAUGAGAAAUGUGACCGGGAUUUGGACGAACUCAUUGUCCAGCACUACACGGAGCUCACCACUGCGAUCCGCACAUACCAGAGCAUCACAGAGCGCAUAACCAACUCGCGCAACAAGAUCAAACAGGUGAAGGAGAAUCUGCUAUCUUGCAAGAUGCUGCUGCAUUGCAAGCGGGACGAGUUGCGCAAGCUGUGGAUUGAAGGCAUUGAGCACAAACAUGUCCUGAAUCUGCUGGAUGAGAUAGAGAACAUCAAGCAAGUGCCUCAGAAGCUGGAACAGUGCAUGGCCAGCAAGCACUACCUCAAUGCAACAGACAUGCUGGUGUCAGCGGUGGACUCCUUGGAGGGUCCCCUUCUUCAGGUGGAGGGAUUGAGUGAUCUGAGACUGGAGCUCCACAGUAAGAAGAUGAACAUGCACUUAGUUCUGAUAGAUGAAUUACACCGUCAUCUGUACAUCAAAUCUACUAACAGAGUAGGACAACGCAACAAGGAGAAAGGGAGAAUAAGUUCACUUGUGAAAGAUGCCUCUCCUGUACCUCUUAUGGAUGUUACCAACUUAUCUACACCUCGAAAGUUCCUUGAAACUUCCCAGUUCGGCACUCCUGGAAGCUCCAGCAUGCGAGAAACAAACCUUCUGGAAAUUAGAGAAGAUACGGAACUGGAUCCAGAGGAGAACAGCACUGUCUUCAUGGGCAUACUCAUCAAAGGGCUAGCCAAGCUGAAAAAAAUCCCUGAAACAGUGAAAGCCAUCCAGGAUCGCUUAGAGCAAGAACUCAAGCAGAUCGUUAAGCGGUCCACAACUCAGGUGGCGGACAAUGGUUACCAGCGAGGGGACAAUCUUUCCCAGGAAAAUCAGCCUAGGUUACUGCUGGAGCUGCUAGAGCUUCUUUUUGACAAAUUCAACGCGGUGGCUGCUGCGCACUCUGUUGUCCUUGGACACCUUCAGCAAACAGUGGCCUCGCCUUGCAGCCAGUACGAUGGUGAUAUCAAGCUCUAUGACAUGGUUGAUGUGUGGGUGAAGAUUCAAGAUGUCUUGCAGAUGCUGCUGACAGAGUAUCUGGAUAUGAAGAACACCCGCGCUGCCUCGGAGCCAUCCACCCAGCUUAGCUACGCCAGCUCUGGGAGAGAAUUUGCAGCGUUUUUUGCAAAGAAGAAACCGCAAAGACCUAAAAAUUCUUUGUUCAAGUUUGAGUCCUCCUCCCAUGCUAUUAGCAUGAGUGCCUAUUUGCGUGAGCAGAGAAGGGAACUGUACAGCAGAAGUGGAGAACUUCAAGGUGAGGAGAGAGAUAAUGUGCUA